AUGGGUUCGUUUCCUUCUUCUCAUGGAAACCGAUAUAUCCUAGUAGUCUUUGACUAUGUGUCAAAGUGGGUUGAAGCUAUUGCUACUCCAACCAAUGAUGCUCGUGUGGUAAGUAAAUUUUUCAAGAAAAUUAUUUUUCCUCGAUUUAGUAUCCCACGUGUGUUGAUUAGUGAUAGGGGAACACAUUUCUUGGAGCAUCGGUUCGAAGCGAUGUUGAAAAAAUAUGGAGUGCAACACAGGCUUGGCAUUGGCUAUCAUCCACAAACCAGUGGUCAAGUUGAAGUGUCCAACAGAGAAAUUAAGUUUAUCUUAGAGAAAACGGUUGCAAGGACAAGAAAAGAUUGGUCAGCCAAGAUUGAUGAUGCACUAUGGGUAUACCGAAUAGCUUUUAAAACGUCAAUAGGUACAACCCCAUAUAGACUUGUCUAUGGGAAGGCAUGCCACCUACCCGUUGAGCUAGAACACCGAGCAUUUUGGGCUAUUAAGAGUUUAAAUUUUGAUGCUAAAGUAGCGGGAGAAAAGAGAUUGUUACAAUUGAAUGAACUAGAUGAGCUCCGUCUUGAAGCCUAUGAGAGUUCAAAAAUAUACAAGGAAAGAACUAAACGGUGGCAUGAUAAGGGCCUUGUGAGAAGAGAAUUCAAGGAAGGAGAUCAUGUCGUUCUAUUCAACUCACGAUUGAAAUUGUUUCCCGGUAAGCUUCGGUCUAAGUGGUCGGGUCCUUUCACUGUUUUUAAGGCCUACCCCUACAGCACUAUUGAACUAUGGAACAAGGGCGGAGGCACUUUCAAGGUUAACGGACAAAGGGUGAAGCAUUACCGAGUCGGGGAUCCUAUAGAAGAGAAGGUGAACAUCGCACUCUCUUCCCCAUCGCCAACUUAA